AUGCAAGCCCAUCACCUGAACAUCACCUCCGGCAUUGCUGGCGCGUUCAGCGAGGCAGCCAAGAACAGCCACCUUGAUGUCCUUUUGUUCUUGUGCGAGAAUUGGAAGCUUCACCUGGUGACGUCUUGUGCGAAGUCGCCAGCCGUAGCGCAGAUAUUCUUUGAUUUCGGCUGGGACAUCAGCCAAACAGACGAAGGCUCGAAGUAUCCGCGUCUCGGGAGUUUCGUCCGGGAUGAGCACUUCACCCGUUGGCUACUCGACAAAGGAGCGUCAGCUGAUGCAAGAGGAGAGUUUGACGUCACUGCAGUCUCGGUAGCGAUUGUGAGCGCCUCAAUGUCAACAAUCAGACUGUUGCUUCAUCGAAGUAGCGGCAUCCAGCAAGGACAGCUUCUCUAUUUUGCUCUGCAAAGGGGCGGUAACGAUACCCUUGAGAUUGUUGAGCUACUGCUGAACUUGGGCUGCCCAAUCGAUAGCGUGUGUUUUCGGAACGAUCCGCGUUCCUGGCUUGAGUGGGGCGUUGGAGAAGCCGGGACAGCUCUAUUUACAGCAGCUGAGCAGGGCAGAGAUGACGUGGUGGCAUAUCUGCUUUCAAGAGGAGCCGAUACUACCUUGGUUUCCAACAAGGGCCGCACAGCCCUAUUUGCGGCCGAGAGCAAAGAGCGACCCGGAGUUAUACGGCUCUUGCGCCAGCACAUCAGCGGACGCUGUUUUGUCACAUCGAAUUCGUCCCCGUAG